AACCUUUUGACUCUGGAACACUUUAGUGGAUAUUUUUACUUAUUUGUUUAACCAGAUGAGUCGAUUGAAAACUCUUUUACAAUGACGAAAUGGCCAAGAGGCAGCAGCAACAGAUGGACAAACAAGCAAGAUAAAAAUAAGCUUAAAACAGUUUAACAUAACGACUGUUCUGAUAUAUAAUAUGUACACGCCAUCAAAACAGACUUAAAACAGUCUUUAAGCACUCAGAGGCAGGCACAUUGAUCAGAAACUAUUGAUCAUAAUGGAUUGUUGAAGGUAGAUAAAGGGAAGUAUGGUGGGGAGUUUCAGUGAUAUUUGCAGCUCAUUCCAGUUGGAAGCAGCAACCUGAAGGCAGGUGUAGGCUUUGGGAAUAAUCACAGGGAUUAAGAUACUGGAUCGUAAAUUGCAUUGGUUGUUGGAAAUGGUGAAGCUGUCAAAGAACAAAUCCACCGUGACACCAUGUUAGUGCAACUCUUCAGGUUUCAUGGCCUGCUGGUGGCCUCUCACCCCUGGGAGGUGAUCGUGGGAACCCUGGCUGUCACCAUCUGCCUCAUGUCUAUGAACACGUUAGCAACUAGCAACCAGAUGUGCAGCUGGAACAACUGUCCUAAAGUGGAAGAGGAAGUCCUGACUAGUGACGUCAUCAUUCUGACGGUGACGCGCUGCAUGGCCAUUAUUUACAUCUACUUCCAGUUCAAGAACCUUCUACAGCUGGGAUCCAAAUAUAUUCUGGGAAUUGCAGGGCUUUUCACAGUGUUCUCCAGCUUUGUUUUCAGUUCAGUGGUCAUUCACUUCUUUGGGAAAGAACUAACUGGCCUAAAUGAAGCUCUGCCCUUCUUCCUCCUGCUCAUUGACCUGUCCAAAGCAUGCACGCUGGCUAAAUUUGCCCUCAGCUCAAACUCUCAGGAGGAGGUGAGGGAGAACAUCUCACAGGGCAUGGCCAUCCUGGGCCCCACGUUCACUCUGGAUGCUCUGGUCGAGUGCCUCGUUAUUGGAGUCGGCACCAUGUCGGGUGUUCCUCAGUUGGAGAUCAUGUGCUGCUUUGGCUGCAUGUCCGUUCUGGCCAAUUACUUUGUCUUUAUGACGUUCUUUCCUGCGUGCGUGUCCCUGGUCCUGGAGCUUUCCAGGGAAAGUCGUGAAGGGCGUCCGAUCUGGCAGCUGAGCCACUUGGCUCAUGUCCUGGCUGAAGAGGAGGAUAACAAGCCUAAUCCUGUGACCCAAAGGGUUAAAAUCAUUAUGUCUCUUGGGUUGGCCUUGGUUCAUGCCCACACACGACUAACGGCUGAGAGUUCAGGUGGGAACCACACGGCGGAGGGACCCAUGGCUAAGAGAAUGGACUCGACCGGUACCAUGUGGCCUGUGAAGCUCAGCAGCUUGGAGCUGGAACACGUGAUCACCCUGAGCCUAGCCCUGCUUCUCGCUGUCAAGUACGUCCUCUUUGAGCAGGCGGAGGCAGAGUCCUCGUUGUCUCUCAGGAGUCCAAUUAACGUCUCGUCUGUGAAGCAAAAGUCCCGGGCAGCUGAGGACUGCUGCAGGAGGGACGUCUCGGCUGCAAAGCCCCAGAGGACGGCUGGUAGUGUCCUGACAACCGGCGCUGCGUCUGACCACAAACUUGUGCCUGAGGGUGAAACCACCAUCACAGCAGCGACAGAAACUCUGACGGUGGAAAACGACACGUGCUUUUCUCCAAGUUGCAAGUCAGAGCCUCGAUCUAUGGAAGAGUGUUUGGCCAUCCUCUCAGAUCCUCAGAGGGGUCCUCGGAUGCUUAGUGAUGCAGAGGUGAUGAUCCUCGUGACUUCCUCCAAGAUCCUGAACUACAAGCUGGAGGCGGUACUUGAGACUCCUGAGAGGGGUGUGGGCAUCAGGAGAGAGAUGCUAUCGGCUAAACUACCAGGAACCUCAGCGUUAGCCUGUCUGCCUUAUAAAGGCUAUGACUAUUCAAAGGUGAUGGGCACUUGCUGUGAGAACGUCAUCGGCUACAUGCCGGUGCCGGUGGGCGUGGCCGGCCCGCUUCUGUUGGACAACAAGCAGUUUUAUGUCCCGUUGGCCACAACAGAAGGUUGCCUGGUAGCCAGCACCAACCGAGGAUGCAGAGCGCUGUCUCUGAGUGGGGGUUGCAGCAGCAGGAUCCUAGCAGACAGGAUGACCAGGGGUCCUGUGGUGAGGCUGCCCUCGGCGUGCCGGGCGGCGGAGGUCAAACUCUGGCUCGAGACCUCGGAAGGAUUCAGCCUACUGAAAGAUGCUUUCGAUGAGACCAGCAGGUUUGCACGUCUGGAGAAGCUGUUGGUCUGUGUGGCGGGGAGGAACCUCUUCAUUCGCUUCCAGUCACAGACGGGUGAUGCCAUGGGUAUGAACAUGCUCUCAAAGGGAACCGAGAAGGCUCUGCAGCAACUCCAGCAGCAGCAUCCAGACGUAGAGGUGCUGUCGCUCAGCGGCAACUUCUGCACUGAUAAGAAGUCUGCUGCAGUGAACUGGAUACUGGGCCGGGGGAAGUCCGCUGUGUGUGAGGCCACUAUUCCCGGCAGGGUGGUCAGAGAGGUGCUGAAGAGCAGUACGGCUGCUCUGGUGGAUCUGAACAUCAGCAAGAACUUGGUGGGCUCUGCCAUGGCUGGCAGCGUCGGGGGCUUUAACGCUCAUGCUGCAAACGUCGUAGCAGCCAUCUACAUCGCCUGUGGACAGGAUCCAGCUCAGACCGUCGGGAGCUCCAGCUGCAUCACUCAGAUGGAGGCCACCGGUCCAAAUAGGGAGGAUUUAUACAUCAGUGUCACUAUGCCUUCGAUAGAACUGGGAACAGUGGGAGGAGGAACCAAUCUGCCCCCGCAGCAGGCCUGUCUACAGAUGCUCGGUGUUACGAUGCCCAACCAGCCAGGCGAGAAUGCCCGUCAGCUGGCUCGUGUCGUCUGUGCCACGGUUCUGGCAGGAGAGCUGUCUCUGAUGGCCGCUCUAGCUGCUGGACACCUCGUCAAGAGUCACAUGACUCACAACAGAUCUAAAACAAACCUGCCAGAGAUGGCUGUAUCUGAUUCCCAGGCGACUGCGUGACCUUAAAGCUGACCUCUGCUUGUGCUGCAUCACCUCCCACAGCUAAUAAACACAGCUGGACUCUGACCUGAUUUGUUACAGUUACAUUGUGCCAUCUGACAUGCCAAUACAGGUACUGAUCCUUUCCCCUAGCAGAGUUGUUAAUAAGUGUUGAGAAUAUGGUGCCUCUUUAGGGUCAAAAGCCAAACGCAAAGAGCUUGUUUAAUUAAAAAAAAAAAAGGAAAAAAGGUGACCAGAAAUCAGAUCUUGUAACGGGUUUAAUUUGUUUGCCAAAAGUCUGAGACUGUUGAUGUGAAUUAUUGUUGGUUUAGUUCCUGAAUGUGUUUUUCUCAGUAUUCAUGUUCUUGAGCCCCCCUCUAAACGGAGGCUGCUGUAUACUGUGUAUACUCUAGAAUGGCCAUGGUGGCUGCUCUUCUUGGUUUGGAUCAUGGUGCGGUAGCGUCACAUUCUGAUCUGCUUCAGGUUUUCAUUUGAAGUUAAAAAAAAAAAAGCUAAAAAAAUUUGAAGCUGUUUGAUAGGUAAGUAUUAGAAAGGCUUCUGAUCCCACUCAUCCUUGUAUGAUCUUCAGAAGUGACCUUAUGCGCAGUAUGUGAACAAGAUUUAUGGUAAAAUAUUCAAUUCAGAGGAUUUUCUUAAAUGCUUGUGCACCUAUUUAAAUAAACACUACCUUCCUA